UAGCAUCGAUGCACAGUAGCUUUUAAAGAAGACGGCAAAGCGUGUUUCGCAAUAGUACAACUGCAUACGCUUUUCGUUCAAGUUUGUGACCCAGUUAAAGAAAAGGAAAAAGAAAAGGAAAAGAAAAAGAAAAGAAAAGAAAAUGGACAUUAAGUUYCUUCUUGUUUUUGCUAUUGUCGGAUUAAUAGCAACUGGUUUAACAGCAAGAAUUGGAUUUUUAGGAAGAAUCGCUCAAGUUUUAUUAGCCUGUGCCCUUAUAACAUUAAUUUGUAAAUGUCAUCGAAAGAUUUACAUUAUUUUGAAGACACUGCCAAGGGACAUCAUAUUUAUUUAUCGGUAUGUAAUGGCUGAAAUAGAUAUAAGAAGUUUUGCUAAAAAUAAUACGACGGUUAUUAAGAUUUUUCGAAAACGUGCACGCCUUUAUCCGGACAAACCAUGUUUUUAUUUUGAAGAUCGUACUUGGACAAACGAAGAAAUCGACAAGUACAGUAAUAAAAUAGCAAAUAUUUUUAAAGAAGCUGGAUAUGUUAAAGGUGAUGCCGUAGCUUUGAUGAUGAAUAACAGGCCAGAAUUUGUCGCAACUUGGCUUGGAUUAGGAAAAUUAGGAGUUAUAUCGGCUUUGAUUAAUACUAAUUUACGUCAACAAUGUUUAACUCAUUGUUUGAAUGUAGCCAAAGUUAAGUGCAUCAUUUAUAGCGAUGAAUUUUCUUCAGCAAUCGAUGAAAUUUCAGAUACUCUUAAAGGAAUAACCAAAUAUAAACACGGUGCUAAUAUCAAAGAAACUAACAAAGAUGUUACAGAUUUGGAUAAAUUAUUAGCAGAUGCUAGUACUAAAGAACCAGAGGUUGAUAAUGAGCCUGGUUUUAAAGAUAAUUUGUUGUAUAUAUAUACCAGUGGUACAACUGGUUUACCCAAAGUAGCCAUUAUACCAAAUUCGAGAUACUUACUCGUCAUAACGGCAACUUAUCAUAUGUUAGGAUUGAAGGCUAAUUAUGAUAUUUUCUAUAAUUCUACACCAUUAUAUCAUAUGUCUGGUGGAAUAGUAGGAACGGGUUGUGCACUUGCAAAAGGUAUUCCAAGUGUUUUGAGAAAUAAAUUUUCUGUCAGUGCUUAUUGGGACGAUUGUAUCAAAUAUAAAUGCACUUUAGCACAAUAUAUCGGUGAAAUGUGUCGAUAUUUAAUAAAAGCUCCGCCAAGACCGGAAGACACUGCUCAUUCGAUAAGACUCGUGGUCGGAAAUGGUAUGAAGCCACAAAUUUGGCAACAAUUCGUUGAUCGUUUUAACAUAAAACAAGUUUCUGAAGUUUAUGGAUCUAGCGAAGGCAACGCUAAUAUGAUUAACAUUGACAAUCAAGUUGGUGCAAUUGGUUUUGUUCCAUCGUUCUUACCGAAAUUUCUGCAUCCAAUUGCUCUGAUUCGUGUUAAUCCUGAUACGUCUGAACCGAUAAGGGGUAAAGACGGAUUUUGCAUACGAACUGAAAUAAACGAGCCAGGUAUGCUCGUAGGAUUGAUAAAACAAGGACAUGCUGUAAGAGAAUUUAAUGGAUAUUUGGAUAAAGAAGCUUCGCAAAAGAAAAUAGUUGAAAAUGUAUUUUGCAAGGGUGACAAAGCUUUUCUUACAGGUGAUAUUCUAGUACAAGAUGAACUUGGAUACUUUUACUUCAAGGAUAGAACAGGUGACACUUUUAGAUGGAAAGGUGAAAAUGUAGCUACUGCUGAAGUAGAAGGUGUUAUUAGUAAUGUUGUUGGGUACAGAGACGCAAUCGUUUAUGGAGUACAGAUACCAGGAUUGGAAGGAAAAGCUGGUAUGGCAGCGAUAGUUGAUCCAGAAAAUUUAAUUGAUUUUAAAGCACUUGCCGAAGGUUUGGACAAAGCUUUGCCUUCUUACGCUAGACCAAUUUUCUUAAGGAUUGUUAAAGAAAUAGAAAUGACUACGACGUUUAAAUUGAAAAAAAUAAAUCUUCAAAAGGAGGGAUUCGAUCCGAAUAAGAUUCAAGAUAAAUUGUAUUUUAGAUCUGAUAAAGGAUACGUCGAAGUUACACCCGAAUUAUAUCAACAAAUUAUAUCGGGAAAUAUCAGAUUGUAAUUAGCAAUAUUACUUAUUAUUUUCAAUCAAAAUCGUGUAAAUUGAUUUGAUAUAUAAAAGGAAAAAAAACAAACAAACAAACAAACAAACAAAAACAAAAGAAAAAAAAACACAAUCAACUUACUGUUAGUUGUAAACUAUGCGUAGAUAAUAAAUUAAACAAAGGAAUUCAUAUUUUCAAGUUAAAAGUACGAUUGUGUUUAUUAUAAGUUAGAUGGAUGAUGAAUAUCUUUGAUAUGUUUUUUUUUUUUAAUUUUUUUUUAUCCUCCUUUCUUUUCUUUUUCACGAUAUUUUCAAAUACAGAUCAAUUAUUAGUGAAAACACAUAUUGUAAAUUUGAACAAUUAUCUCACUUUUUUUUUAAUCUUUUAUCUUUAAUAACUUUGAUCUUAACAUUCCUCGUUUUACUUAUCUUGCAUUUAUUCACUUUCUUAGAUAAUAAAUACUCUUAUUACGUGGUAUGCGGAUGAUAUUACCAAAAAAAAAAAA